CGGCGGCGGCCGGAGCGGGGCUGGGCGGCCUGAGGUGAGAGCCCGGCCGGCCCCGCUGGGAAUAUGGCGACCGGUGGCUACCGGACCAGCAGCGGCAGCAGCGGCAGCACCACAGACUUCCUGGAGGAGUGGAAGGCGAAGCGCGAGAAGAUGCGCGCCAAGCAGAACCCCUCGGGCCCGGCUGCUCCGAGCGGGGGCGGCAGUGACGCGACCGGGAAGCCCCCGGCGGGGGCUCCGGGCACCUCGGCCGCAGCCGCAGCCAACGAGCUCAACAACAACCUCCCGGGCGGCGCGGCCGCACCUGCCGCCCCCGGCUCUGGGGGCGUGAACUGCGCGGUGGGCCCCGCGGCGCUGCCCCGGUCCACCCCCGGCUCCCGGCGGCCCGAGGACGAGCCGCCCCCCACGGCCACCGCCGCGGUCUCCGCCUCGGGGGCACAGCCGGCCCGGGGCGACGAGGAGGAGCGGGACGGCGCCGCGGAGAAAGGCAAGAGCUCGGGCCCCAGUGCCAGGAAAGGCAAGGGGCAGAUCGAGAAGAGAAAGCUGCGGGAGAAGCGUCGCUCCACCGGCGUGGUCAACAUCCCCGCGGCCGAGUGCUUAGAUGAAUAUGAAGAUGAUGAAGCAGGGCAGAAAGAGCGGAAACGUGAGGAUGCAAUUACACAACAGAACACGAUGCAGAAUGAAGCUGUCAGCUUAUUAGAUCCAGGCAGUUCCUACCUGCUACAAGACCCAUCUAGAACAGUUUCAGGCAGAUAUAAAAGCACAACUGCCUCAGAAGAAGAUGUUUCAAGUAGAUAUCCCCGAACAGAUAGAAGUGGGUUCAGCAGAUAUAACAGGGAUGCAAAUGCUUCAGGUAAUUUGGUCUCAAGUAGCAUGUUGGAAAAGAAAAUUGAAGAUCUUGAAAAGGAAGUAGUAAGAGAAAGGCAAGAAAACUUAAGACUUGUGAGACUAAUGCAAGAUAAAGAGGAAAUGAUCGGAAAACUCAAAGAAGAAAUUGAUUUAUUAAAUCGAGACCUAGAUGACAUAGAAGAUGAAAAUGAACAACUAAAGCAGGAAAAUAAAACUCUUUUGAAAGUUGUUGGUCAGCUAACAAGGUAGAAGAUUCAAGACCCAGUGUGGAAAAAAUAUUUUAAAACUACUGAUUGAAUGUUAUGGUUAAUGCUAGGAUAAUAUUCCUAUGCUGCAAUACAUUAAGUAUGUAUAUUUAUUUCGAGAAAACAGUGGGUGUUUAUUUUCAAAAUACUUCUUUUUCAUUAUUUCAAAACAGUAUCAACCUUCUGUUUCACCAAUAAGUAACAUCUUUCAGUUAUUAAAAUGAUCAGUUAUGCCUCUUUUGGUUUUGUGUGGUAUUCAAAUAAUAUAUGGUUUAAAGUCACAACCAUUUGAAUAUAUUUUAUCUAUGGUAGUGUGUUUUCUCCCUAAAGGAAUAUACAUAGUCUUUGUUUACAUGGAUUCAAAUAUUUUGGGGAAUUACCUGCAAUUGCCUUAUUACUGAUGUGUGCAAACUUAUGUGUUGUUGAUUUACUCAUAUAGGCUUUGUCUAUUGUCAUUUGUUCUUUCAACUUAUUCUAAGCAGCUUAGAGUAAUAGAGUGUCAUACCAUUUUGUACUAACAGUCAUCUUUAAAAAGGAAAGCUAUUAUGAAAAGUCAUUUAAUAUCAUGUACUAGUUGGCUAAAUAUAAAAAAUUUUAGAGAAUACUUGAAUUGUGCUACAGUAAAUUAAAAUAUACAAUUUUUGUAUUUGAAUAUUGAAAAAAAUUUAAAAUCACUAUAACGUCUAAAAAACAUAAACUUGUAAUUUCAUUGUAAAAUUUCUUAUGUAGGUACUAUGUUUUUAUUAUUCCAAGGUUUAUAAAUGAACAUAGAAUAUUUAAAAAGUUGUUAACUCAUCAUUCCAGUAGAGUGUGUACAAUUUCAAUGUAAAAGAAAAAGAUUUAUAUUUUUAAUUAUCAUUUGCAUUAAAAACAAAACCAAAAUAUUUAUCCACACUUUAAACAUUUAUACUUACAUUUACAAAACAACACAUAAACAGAAAUAAUAUCAAAAUACUUUGCUUAUUUCUAACUUGGAGAAUAACGCUAUGAUACAGUUAUUCUCAUUUGAGAGAAUUAUUUCCCUACCUCAAAUUUAAGGGAUUUUCUUCCUAACAUUGGAUUUUUAAAAACAAUUUAAAAAAUUUUUGAAGUAUAUAAAUUUUCUAUUAAAUAUCAUUUAGUGUUUAGAGUUGUAUAUUAAAUUUUCAUGUUGAGUAAGGAAAACCCCCUCUUUUAAAAUAUAUAAACAUUAAGGAAUGUCUGUCUGAUAAUUGAAUCCCAAACAGUAUACUAAUGCUGUUUUGUCCAAUUAAACAUAGUAAAAUCCAUUUUGGGUAACCUACUAACUUUUUCUUUACUUGCCAAGUCCUUUCAUUAUUUACUACUGGAAAAAUAGGGAAAUGAGACGGUUGGACAAAAUGUAGAGUAAAUGAUAAAUAUCAUCCAUGUUGAAUUCUAUAAUUCUAGGUUGGCUUCUCAUUCAGAAGUUUCAGCCUUGGUUGAUCAUCAGAAUCACUUUUGCCUACAAAGAAUUCCCAGGCUGUAAUUUCUAGAUAGAUUUAGGUUGAGACCCUGGACAGAAUUUUUAAAUCUCACUGUCUGAUGAUUCUGAUCAUAACCUAGGUUUGGAAAUAGCUCCUGUUGCCUCUUUCCUUUCUCUAUCUUCCACUGCAGACCCUAUAAUUAACAUAUGUUAGCUAUGAGCAUUUUGUCCCCCUUUUAGUUUAUUUAAUAAUUUAUCUGGUCUCUGGGGAAGUUUUCAUAUGUUUAAGUAUAUUUACCCAAAAGUUUAAUGUUAGAUUACCAAACUUGAUAUAGUUACAGAAUUAUUGCAUAAGGGCAUCCUUUUUGAAGAAUGUUAGCAAACAUGGGAACAGUGACCUGCUCUCCACAUAUCAGAGUGGUAUGCCAGGUUCAGUUACUGCCUUGGUUCUGAGGCACUCAUCUCCCUUCAAUUACCCUUAAGUAUGUGGUAGAAAUAGCAGUAUUUCCUAGUUUGCAUCCAAGCUUUGGAUGUUGUGAAAAUGCUGUCAGUAUCCAGCCUUAAAAUAUAUUAGUGUGCUGGUUUUUCAGUAAAGUUUUUGAAACUUCUAUUUAAUCCAUAUGUAAAUAAAGGAAUAUUUCAUUUCCCUUUUUAAAAUUAUGCCAGUUAUUAGUGCUUUUAAAGACGGGACUGUUUUUAAAUUUUCCUUAUCUUCAGUUUGUUAGAAAAGUUUCCAGCAAUGAUUUUUUACAUAAUACCUAGUGCAAAUACAGGAGCUUGACAACUUAAGCAAAGCAGUUCACAAGCAGUCCUUCCUCUUGGCCUUAAAAUGUAUAUUUAUAUCACUUAUAGAUUUUGACACUGAAUAUUGAAAAAUUAAGUAGGAUCUUUUACAAUUUCCCUUUAAAAUGUAUAAAAAGCCUUGAGGUUGAAAAAAAACAUUGAGAUUUUAAAAAGGUAAAGACAUGUGCAUUACCUUAGAAAACUUGGCUGUUGUCAAUAGAAUGCUAGUAUUUGUGAAAUUUUUAGUACCACUCAGAAAUGAUAUUUCUUAUAUUUCCUGGGAAUUUAUGGCAUAAUAAAGCAUACUCAAAGUUUUAAUGUGUUUAUGAUAUUAUUUUCAAAACAAGAAAUUUAUUAAUUUUGAAGCAUGAACAUGACUUGUCUUUCCUGAUUUCUGACAUGCAUUAACUUGGAAUUACAAAGUAACCUCCAUUUUUCAUUUUUCUAGAAUUAUUAUUUUAUUGUACUACAAUCACCUUUAGAAAGGAAGAGAUUGGUGGUUAUGUAUUUCUGAGGGAAUUUACUAAAUACAGAGAUUAAGAUUAGCACAGUCACACUGGCUCAAGUAGUUUAAAACAUAAAAAAUUAGUAUCAGGGCAGACACAUGUAGCAAUGAUUUUUUUUUAAUUAACUUUUUAAUUGUGGUUUAAAACAAUGUAUUCUUAAGGUGAAAACCCUACCUCAAUUAUAUGUGGGUUUAUGUUUUCUGGAUUAAUCUGGAUUUUUAUAAUUGCAAAUUAAAAUGUAACAUUUUGAGUCCACUAACACUUUGUUGAAAAUACAAGUCAGUAUAAUGACUUUGUAAGUUCAACACUGUAAUAUAAAACAGGAAAGACCUUUGGUUUGAUCAUUGAUCUGAUGUCCUAGACAAUAUUCAUAUGUAUAGUGAUAGUCAUCUUUUGUCUUUUUUGUAGUUUUAUAAUCUUGAGUCCGUGCCUAGUAAUUGGCACUUAUUUAGUAACUGUUCAUGGUUUAGUUAAUAGCCUGUUACAAGAUUCCAGCAUAGAUUUUCAUCUUGUAAUGUAAGAAACCAAACACACCAGUUUUUCAUUGGUAGAAAUAGUAUUGAGAAAGAUCUAGCAUUCAAGGAGUUAGUGAGUGCUGAACAUUCUCUUACUGUAUCUGAACCAUUCCUAAUAUGUAAUGGUAAGCUUUACUUCCUUUGCUUUGGAACUGUGUGAACUGUGUUCACUCUCAUAAGUAAAGGACAUCCCAUCAACUAGGAUUAUAAUUUAUAUGUUACUUAUCUGAGAACUAGUGCCACUUUUGUUGUUCCAUUAAGCUGAAAGCAUAAUACUAAUAGACAACAAAUGUUUUGCUCUUUAGGUGCUUCCCCCAUGUUGUUAAGUUUCUCAUUAAAGUAUAGAAGUUGGUUGUUUCAUUCUCAGUAUUGACUUAAAAAGUUAUCCUAGAAAACCUAAACCCAUGCUGUUUUUUUAAUUUUACUUAGCUAGACUCUCACAGCAUGUUAAAAUGUUCUCCCCAUUCUAAAAGUAAUUACGUGUCAGUAUAUGAGAGGAAUAUGGAUGAGGACUAUAAAUAUAUUAAAUUUUCAUAUCUUUUCGCAAGUAUUUACUAUUCUGAUAGGUAUCUAGUUAAAUUUUUAUAGACAUUUUUAAAAAAUGGACAUGGAUCAGCCCUUUCAUUCAGCAGUGUACAGUCUAUGUAGUGUGUGUCAGUAGCACAAAGUAUAACCUUAAUUAGCAUUAGCUGGUCUAAUCUGAAUGGUUCAUUCAAAAAUUUGUUUUUUGGUUUUUGGUUUUUGUUUUUGGUGUUACCUAGCCAUUGUCUUUCAGGUCUAGUUAAUAGGUACCAUUUAAUUUGCUGCAGCAUUUACUGAAUGGUGGAGUGGAAGACCUGAUGCAUGUUGGGAAAUAUCUUACUAUAUUUCAUUUAGGUAAUUAUUCUUUAUGAAGAGAAUAUUGUUAAGGAAUAUAGCAGUAAUGAAGUAAAAAGAACUCAAUAAUAUUUCAGAUACAACAAACUAUUAAAGGUAUUCUCUGUACAUUACUGAUUACUAGUUUGUUUUUAAGUAUUUACAUUUAAUAAGCAGUUCACAUCCUGACACAUAUUUCUUUGGUAAUAAUAGAGUGUUAGUGAUGAUCACUUGAUGGACACUAAUUAUGUUCCUAUUUUGUUUUGACUCCUCUGGAUACCUAACAGAUAUACAUUACUUUUUUUGAUGAACUUUUUUGGGGGAAGAUUUGGCUAUUUUAAUCAGGGUUUUUCUUCUGAGUUUAAGUAUCAGAUGGCUCCUGCUACCAGCAAAAACCAUAUGAAAACUAAAAUUUACUGUUUUGUUGAAAAAUCAGUUAAUUCAGGUAAUUAAAUAUUUAUAGAAAAACACCUGGAUAAUUUAUUGACGACAUUAGUAUUGUGUAGAGAGCUUUUAUAAUUACCAUGGCAUAGGUUUUCAUGUUGGAAUAGUCAACUUGAUAUAGAUUGACUUCUAAUAUGUUUUGCAUGUAAAAUAAUACUCAAUAAAAAUAAAUUUUCAUUUAUUUUUCAACAAUGGUUAAUUAUCUUUUUUCCUCCCUGAACUGUCAGUAAAACGCUGACCAUGAGUUUUACUUCUGGAGUUAAGGGAUGACGUUAAUAUUCUAAUUAAUUUGUGUGCCUCUUACUAAAACAGUACAUUUGAAUCUUUAGUAUACAUUAUUGUAGAAGGAAAAAUGUUGUAAAAAAUAAAAAUGCCAUAUUGCUAAGA